AUACUUUUUACACGGCAGAGAAGAACCAAAUUCACCUUGCAAGCUGCUGCUGCCCACGCCGCCUCCGCCGCCGUAUGAUAUCGACCCCCACCACUAACAAAGCUCUUCCUCCACAGAUUCUAAUUUUACUUAUGAGACGAGGAAACGCGAUCGAUCGGGAGAAGGGUGGAGAAGAAAAGAAAUCCUCCUUCCUCCUCCUAUUUACAACAGCAGCAGGAAAAAUUCCCGCCCAAUCAUCGUAUGACCAAUACGUCGACGUCUAAAUCAUGCACUACUGCACUAGCACACCCCAGGGGAACGGAUUCUUAGAAGAUGUGGCAAUGAAACAGAGAAGACAGAGAGCCUGUGGGAACGUACACUGCCGCUUGAGAACGAAGAAGGUGGAGGGAGUCGUUGCCAGAUUACUGUUCAUCAUCUUCGUCGACAUUUGACCUAGCGGGGGCCAUGCUAAUCUUCUCUACAUCAUCCCAAUCACAGAUAAUGAAUUAAGGUAAAAUUUUGAUAUAAUUUUUUAUUUUCAAGUUCUUUCAGGCUUGAGGGUGAGGCAAAAAUUUGAGAAAAAGUUGAUGGACAAAUUAAAGGGCCAUAAGGAAUCAAAGGUAAACCAAAAGGUUCCUGCCAAACUAAGACAUGUAAUCACAUUGAGAAAUUUGAGCAACAUGGAUGACUUCUCCAUAUUUCUAUUUUUGUGUAGAAUCUGAUGAGAAAAGAUUAAAGAAGAUAUAUGAGAAAAACUAGACUUACAAAUAAUAUAACAGUAAGAGGGGACUAAGAGCAACAAAUAAUAAGCCUCACAUACUUAUUUCUCAUAUUUGGAUUUUCAAUUAUAAUGUCUAUAUCAAACUGACUUAUAAGACUCUGAAUUUAAAUAUUUAUGUGAGGCAUAUAAGACUUCAACAAUACUGUGACAGAGAGUUGUAUGUCAUGAUGGCAUCAGAAUGUCUAAGAUGAGUUGAAUGAAGCUGUCAAGCGUAAUCUCAGAAGAAGAUUCUGUCAGUAGCAGCAUCCAUGUUCAUCAAGCCAACAAUUUUUGGCUUCACAUUAAAGGAUAUCCUAAGAGGUUACUAUAUUUGCCCCAUCAAGAUCAGCUAUUUAUCUUAAUGUAAUCCUCAAAAAUUUUAAAAGGGUGCCUCUCUCUCUCUCUCUCUCUCUCUCUCUCUCUUCAUAGGUAAAGUUUUCCAUGUCGUAGUGCAAUGUAAUGUUAUGCAAUCAAAUACCCCAGUACAUUUUUACUGUAGAUGUUUAGUGCUCAGAUCCCAACAUUGGUGCAAACUAUUAGCUCAUCCCCCUAGCUUUUUCAAAUCUCAUGUGUGUGUAUAUGUGAUUUCAAAUCUCAUGUGUGCUCAGACCCCACGUUAGUGUUGUUUGUAUCUUUUUAUUUUAAAUUUUCCGAGAUUCCACGAGUGAUAUUUUUGAUAGGUUUAAGAUUUCUUAAAACACAAGAACUGCGAGUACCACCAUAACUACAUGUCGAGAGAUGAGUCAGCCAAGAGUCUUUAUAGUUCACAAAAACUUUUGAUGUUUGGAAGGUUUGUUAUAUACAAAGCUACUUGCAAGAGAUUUAAGAGUGCUUUGGAUUGAAAGAGCAAGGAAGAAGUGCACGUAUCUCGACAAAGCAACCUCUAGAAUUUGCAGCUAUGCCGGUGUCAUUAUCCUUUCUUUAUUAUACGGUUUGUCUGGGCCUGCACUCUAUGGAAUCUACCUAUCUAAUAAAAUCUACCUGUCUAUCCAUGUAUCUUUUAUCUAUUGAAAGGUUAGCCCUCUGAAUAUGGUGAGUUGAAUUUUAUGAAAGUUAAAUCAUUUGGCAAAAUGGAUUUCAGCCAAAUAAGAAAGUUNCAACAGCAAUGAAUGCCCAAUCGCAGUGGGACUUCACCUGUGACUUGGAGGUGAAUUUUGGAUCUCAAGAAAAUGUCCAAAUUAUUUAUAUGGCUCUGUCUGUUGAUAAGGAGUUGCAGCCUGAUAAGGUGAAAAGGGUAAUGUCAGCUUCAGAUGGAAAGCUCCUAGUGCAUUUUGAGGCUAUUGAAGCUAGAUUCCUUCGCGCAUCAUUCAGUGCUUUUGUAGAUGUUCUUACUCUUGCUUCAAAGACAAUUGAAGAAUUUGGUCUGUUUAAGAAAUUAUGAUAGAAGAUACACUCAACAUUUUUGGACCUGAUUCGACUAUACUGGGCAGUUUUUAUCAUUGAUGGUGAUCUUGUAUACUUGAGUAUCUUUUUCAAGCGCUCUUGAAGUCCAUGCUUUGAUUUUGUCUUGCAAUGGAUGGCAAAAGGUGAAAUCUUUAAAGCAGAUUUAGAACUUCACUCUCUACUUUUUACAUGUCUAGCAAUUUAUGAAUUCCAAUGGAACUUUAUUUGUAUUAAAUAUUUGCUUUGCUGAUUGUAAUAUACUUACCUCUCCAAU